AUGAAAAAACCAAAGAGAUUUAUACUUAAUUUAUACGAAAUCUUAGAAGUAUCUUAAUGCUAAGCUCUAGGAUCCAAAUUUAUAAAAUUUGAUAUAUUGGGUAGAUAAUGGAUAAGCAUUUUCUUUUUAAAGAAUUUCAGAAUUCUAAACUAGAAUUUUACAACAAUAUUUUAGAACAUCGAAUGUACAUUCAUUUUUGAGAUAAUUAUGUUUAUAUGGGUUUAAGAUGAGAAAGAAUGAUCAAAAUAAUAAAGAAUACUACCAUUAAAAUUUUAAGAAAGGACGAUAGUAUGAUAAUGAUAAAUAUUUAGUAAAGAAUUAUUAAAAAUAAAGAGAGGGAAGCAAAUCAAUUAAAAUUAUGAGCAAUAAUUUAGUUCAGCAGGAUUUGCUGAAUAAAACUAUUUGCUUUAGGAGAAAUUGAAAUAUUUAUAGGAGCAAUAAUAAAUAAUUUAGUAAUAAUUAAGAAUACAGUGUUAAAUUUAAUUAUUGAUAGCUCAAAAGAUUGGAAAGAUGGUUGAUGUAUAUAUGUAUAUAAUGAAAAAGGUAUUUUGGAUAAUGAAAGAAUUUCACGAAAAUGAAACAUAAUAAAGAUUCAAGUCUACUUUUUUUACAGUGCUUUUAGGCUAUAAACCUUCAAUUGAGUUAUUGUAGGAAAUUUUCUAAGAUUUGAAUAGUCCAAUAUCUGAGUUUUUAUUUUCACCAUAUGUUUUUGGUUUUAGUUAAUGAUUAAUAUAAGGAAAGCAUUUUAUAAAUAGAAUAAGAUUUAACAAUAAUUGAUUGCAUUCUAAAAAUAGAUAAAAUUUGUAAUAAAAAUGCUAAAUGAAUAAAAAGGGG